AACAGUUGAUGACCAUAGGCUGGUGGAGGUCGCGAGUGCUAGCUAUGUUGGGGAGUGCCCUAUUGCUGUGGUAUGUGCGAGAACAUGUGCUUAAUGAUUGAUCGGCAAAUAGGCUCAAGUCUGUUGUCGGCCUAGUGAACAGGCCCAAUCGUGUUCUCGAGAAAAAGGAUUCUUUAUACAUAAAAACAGUUGGACACGUGCGAAAGUUGGACCAUCACAGUGGCUACCGCUAGCCCCUGAUCUUCAAAAGCAGUGUAACAGAAGAAUCCGUGACCGGGGCCAUACACUACCGGUUGAUUCUUCAUGAUCAGUUCUUGAGAGCAGUCCCGGUACACUGAGUUUGUUCAGGUUAGAGAACCCAAUAACUCGAACCAAGUCCCGUGAUUUGGGUCAGGUUCUUCGCCUUCCUCCCUCUGAAUCCAGGUGUCUUCUCUCUUAUAUCCGUGUGGGAACAUCUCAGAUCCAGGUAUGAGCUAUCUGAGCUGCCAAAUUUAGAGAUUGCAGCGUUGCUAAACUGCGUGAGGAAAUGGGCCCGAUCACCUCUCCCAGGUUGUAGUGAGAUAGUGAAAAUAGAGCAAACUCCUGCAGCUGCAUAAAUAUACUGGUAGCAAAGAUGCGCUUUUGGACCAAAGCCAAAAGUUCUCUCGCCCUAAACUGCCUUCUAACUGGGCACAGACACCAGACAGGUAGCUCGGGGAUAGUACAUAAAUCCUAUCCCCCUGGUCAUCUUGAAAAGCGACUGACUGCGACCACUGUCGAGGUGAACGUCUUCUGUAGAGUCAAGAUUGAAUGCACUCGAAAGACUCUCGCAUGGCAGACAAUAAAAUUUGAAGCACUUGGAACAAUGUACAGCUGA